AUGUCAGCAAAACUAGCCGCCUUCCUCAACGAGGCGCCCCUCGUCGACGACCAGCUCACCUUUGAGCCCAUCCUCAAGCACGGCCACCAGGACCUCGUCCAGUCGAUCGCGUUUAACGAGUAUGGCGACCGGUGCGCGACAGGGUCGGUAGACGGCAAGGUCCGCGUGUUCAACCGGCACAGGGACGGGGUGUGGCGGCACUGUGACAACUGGACUGCUCACGGGGGGGAGAUUACCGAGCUGCAGUGGUUGCCGCCGACGAUUUACCCCAACCUGUUGGCUUCGUUGGGGGUGGAGGGGAGGUUUAAGCUUUGGGCCGAGGACCCGGGGGCUGCGCCGGGGAGGAAGUUUUCGAAUGCCAUGGGCGGAGGGGGGAACAGGGGGAUGGCGUUAUGGAGUCAACCUAUUGCGGUGGGGGAAAAGAGCGGUGGGGGUGGGAAGGAGGGGUCGAGGCCGGGGAGUGGUGGUUUUGAUGGUCAUGGGCCUCAUUAUCAUGGGGGGGUUGCGAGUGCCUUGUCGACCACUUCCACGAGCGCGACUUCUCAUCCGCACUCGGCGGUGACGAGUACGGUGGGCACGCCGUCGGUGCACAGCGAGACUGCGCCUUCGCAACAACCGCCACAGGCUUCGAGUUCGGCGGUGCCGAAGCCGGUUUUCGAGACGAGGCACUCGAGGAGUCCGUAUCGGUCUUUUAGCAUGAAGCAUGUUGACUCGACGAGGCAUACUUACCUUGCGCUGGUGAGCGCGGAUGGGAAGUUAACGGUGUACGAGAAUGAGCAGCCGGAGAAUUUGACGGACUAUACUAUGCUUGACGAGGUGGCUAUCUCGCGGGACCAGCCGCCUGCGAAAAGGGGGGAUGAGACGACGUUCAAGGUGCAGUUUGAUCCCAACCCGGAGGUGUGCUACAGCGCGUUGAAGGCGGGGGUCCCGCCCGACACGCUGAGCUUGGUCACGGUUGCGUUGGACUGUGUGAGGAUUUAUCGGUCGAGGGAUGUGAUUAGUCAGAGUUUGGGGGUGCAGACGGUGACGAAAGGGUUUUAUCUCGCGGCCGAGGUGAGGUCGGAUGUGCAUAGGGGUUUGGUGAGGGAUGUGGCGUGGGCGGGGGGGAAUAUUAGGGGGUAUGAUGUUAUUGCGACGGCGUGUCAGGAUGGGAUGGUGAGGGUCUUUAGGGUUGACACGCCGGUGGAGAGGCAGGCUUGGUAUAAUAAGGAGGAGGAGGAGGGGAAGGAGAAUGGGGCGAGGGGGUGGUCGAUCAGGGAGAUGGGGGGGUAUGUUGAGAAGGCGAGGAAGCAAGGGGUGGAGGUGGAUGAGGGGAGGAGCGCGGCGGUCCGGGCGGCGGCGAGAGAUGUGAUUACUGUUGUUGGGGGGAUUACACCUGUGGUUCAUGGGGUUGGAACAGCCCUUGAUGAGAGGGGGACGGGGAUGGGGCAGGGGGGCAUGAUUCGAGCGGGACUGGCGACGGAGGCUGGGUAUGGGGGGGAUCAUCAUCAUGGGUAUGGGGGGGCGAAUAAGAACCCGCAGAGAAAGAUCACUGGGUUGCCGGGGCAGAUUAAGCAUACGAUUGAGAUGGUGUCGAGGCUGGAGGGGCAUAGGACGCCGGUUUGGAGGGUUGGGUUUGAUGAUGACGGGGUUGUGUUGGGGAGUGUAGGCGACGAGGGAAGGCUGCUGCAGUGGAGGAUGAUGCCGAAUGGGGAGUGGGCGAAGAGCAGCGAGUUGGGGAUUGUAAGGGUUAACAUGGCUACCGGUUGA